AUGGAAUUGAAGAGGACCCAACAGGCGUUGACAAGGUUGUGGUCGUCGUCGUCGUGGCCAAAGCCAAAGCCCAAAGCUUCGGCGUCGACGUCGAAGCCGCUGAAGGCGAUAGACCUUACGCUUGCUGAGGACGAAGCCGUGAAGGCAAAGAGGGAACGCGCGCAUAAGAGGGCUGCGGAACAGAGGGAGGCUGCCAAAGGGGGGAAGGGGAAGGGCAGGGAGAUCGAUACCGACAAUGAACUGUCGGACGAGGAGGAGGGUGAACUUGGCGGACGAGAAGACACGCCGGACCUUGGGGAGUACAAGAAGGGGAUGAAAGCUCUCGGAAAAGGAGGGAAGGGGGACCGCAGCGGUGGUGGCGCUCCUUUUCCAUACGUGACAGAAUGA